AUGAAUUUGGUAUUAGUGAGCCUUUAUCUUCUCACCCUGCAUUCUGUGAAGGGCAACAAACAGCAGACCCAAAACUACUGGGUACUUAAACCAAAUGUUAUCGUUGUGGACGUGAACCUGGCGCAGGCCGUCUCCAAAGUCGAUGUCCCGUUGCGGUGCGGGGACGCCUACGGGGACAAGGACAUCAUCUGGAAGAACAACGGCACGCAGGUGGGGCGGGGGAACCAGAUCGUGGUGACGGUGGAGGAAAUGCUGGGAGGGAACUACACCUGCCACGGCCACGCGGGGUCUUUCCUCAACCACACCCUGGUGCUGGUGCAGGGUACGGAGAGGAGAAUCUUGGAGAAGUCACAUGACACAGACUAUAUUCAGUGUUCAUCGAGAAAUUACAGCGGGGCUUUUCAAUGUUCCUGGAAGUGGAGUCGCUCCAGGAAUGGGAAUGUUGUGCUAGUGAGAGCUGCUCGGUCUUCAGUGACGAGCAACAUCACCUGCUCUCUGGAUAAAAGCCGACUUUCCAUCACCUGCCAAGACCACACCCACUGCCCUUACUCUGAGGAGACGGAGCGAAUCAACCUAACGGUGUACGUUAAGAACAAGUACAGGGUGGAGGAAUAUUCCCGGCGCUUCUACAUCACAGAAAUAGUGAAGCCAGACAAAAUCAAGAUCACAAAAGCGGACAAGGGCACCUUCGAGUGGGGGUACCCCGAGACGUGGAGCAGUCCCAACUCCUACUUCCCCCUCACGUUCCAAGUGAAAGUGAUCCCCCGGAAGAAGAACUGUGAGUGCGAGUCCGGGUGCCAGAGAAACAAAAGGGUGGAGCUACACACCACACAGAGCUGCCGGUGGACAGUCAGAGAGGGCUUCGUCUUCUGCAUCAGGGCGCAAGACGCGCUGUGUAACUCAACCUGGAGCGACUGGAGCCAGUAUAAGUGA